CUCUCUGGGACCUGGGUGUGGAUCCUCGUCGCUUCUUCCGCCGUCUCCUUCCCGCUGCUGCAGGGAUGGGUGAUGUACGUGUCCCUCAGCUCCUGCCUCAUCUCCCUGCUCCUCCUCUUCAGCUACCUCUUCGGCUUCCACAGAAACAGCGAGAACUGGAAAGUGAUGGACAGCUUGUACCACGGCAUCACGGCCAUCUUCUACAUGAGUGCUGCUGUGCUGCAGGCCAACGCCACCAUCCGCUCUGAGUUCGGCACCGACGACAUCAUCUACUACCAGCUGAACUGCGGCGCCUCGUUUUUUGCCUUCAUCACGACCUUCCUGUACAUCCUCCAUGCCUUCAAGAUCUACUACCAGUGA